CUCUAGCUGGCCAAGAAAUACAACAUGGUAAUUAUUUCUCCGAUUCUGGAGCGAGAUGCUCGGCACAGCACCCUGUGGAACACCGCCGUGGUGAUCUCUAACACCGGGAACGUCCUGGGAAAGACCCGGAAGAACCACAUUCCCAGGAUCGGAGACUUUAAUGAGUCCACGUACUACAUGGAGGGCGACAGCGGACACACGGUGUUUCAGACGCAGUUCGGGAACAUCGCCGUGAAUAUCUGCUAUGGCCGCCAUCACCCUCUCAACUGGUUCAUGUUCAGCAUGAACGGAGCGGAGAUCAUCUUCAACCCGUCAGCUACUGUCGGAGCGCUCAGUGAGCCCAUGUGGUCGAUCGAGGCGAGGAACGCAGCGAUCGCUAACCACUGCUUCACCUGCGCUAUAAACAGAGUGGGGACGGAAACUUUCAAAAGUGAAUUUACAUCUGGUGAUGGAAAAAAAG